AUGGCGGCGCCGCCACCCUCUAAUGGGCCAUCUCCGACCGGAAAGCCCCCUGAACAUAGUGGGAAUCGGCGAACGGCUACAGCGACCUCCUCGCCGGAUGGCAAGAGUGAGAAGGAAGCUGUGCAACCAAAGAAAAGGGCGCGGAGUUUGAACCUGGAUAAACAGGGGGUAGGGCUCGAGGGUGACGCUAUCGAGAUGGAGACAGAAACGGCUUUUGAAGAGACCGAGACGACAAACCGAGCAAAGCAUACAUGGCAAGGGGCGGCAGCGAAGCUUUUCCAACAGAACAGUGGUGAUGAUGAAUGGUAUGUGGAAGAAUCGGACUCUGGGGAUGUAGUAUCAGGUGAGAAAGAAGAGGACGAAAUUUCGGGGGAGGAGGAACAGGACCCAUUGUGUCCGACAGCCCCUUUUUCAGCUAGCCAAAAGAUACGUUGGAGGACAGAAUGGAGGUCGGCGCUUGUGGUUAGGGGUCUGGGCAGGAGAGUAAGCUACAUUCCACUAGAAAAAAGAUUGAACUUUCUGUGGGCACGGCAUGGGAAUAUUCAGAUCUCAGAUAUGAAGAAUGGAUGCUUCCUAGUGCGUUUUAAAAGUAAGCAGGACUAUGAACUGGCGGCCUACGGAGGACCUUGGAUGCUGGGAGACAUUUAUCUGGCUGUUCAUAGGUGGUAUAAGGGUUUUAAUCCGUGGACAUCGGAGGUGAAAUCCACGAUGGUUUGGGUACAACUCCCUGAUCUGCCGGUGGAAUUUAUAAAUGCUGAAGCGGUUAUGUUGAUCGGAGGGAUGAUUGGCAGGCCUGUACGGGUCGACCGAGCCACUGAUCUAGGAGCUAGAGCAAAGUACGCCAGGGUGUGUGUUGAAAUCGAUCUAACUCGGCCACUGUUAUCACAGUACAAGGUGGAAGGAAUAAAGUAUUUAAUACAAUACGAAGGACUUGAGAAUAUCUGUGGCAACUGUGGGAAGUAUGGCGUAGCAAGUCAGGAAUGCAAGUGCAAGUCACAAGAAGAUGAAAAUAAAGAAGAAGAGGUCGAGAUGGUGCCAGAAACUCAAGAAAUUGACCCAACUGAAGGAAAAACGUACGGGGAAUGGAUGACAGCGAAGAGAAGAGAAUGGCGCCUGCCGAGUCGGGUUCAGAGAAGGGCUGAUGAGGGUAGAAAUUAUAUACCUAACAGAUUUAGUGUCCUACAAGAAAAUGAAACGGAAGGCCGUCCCGGCUCCCAAGAGUUGGAACACCUAGUAUCAGCACAGAAGGGACAAGGAAAGUCAGAUGCUAAAGGGAAAACGAGUGGGGGAAACAAGAUAACAGCAAAUUCAAAAGAACCAUCAGAGGUUAAUGGCAAGAAGAAAGGGCCGAAUAGGAAGGGGGAUAAGGACGAUGUAGUAGAAGUUAAUGCCAGGCAUGGCCAUGCACGUGAGCUGGAAGUAGAAGAGCAACCAAAGAAGUUUGCUGGUGAGUCAGUGCCUCAAAAGUCAAAGGAACAAGGAAAUUCAGGAAAACAGGGAAAUGAUCACGAGAGUAAGCGGAUGGAGAAGGAAUUACAAGGGAAGCAAAAUGGCGUCAAAGCUGCUGAAAACAAGACUAAGGAAAAACUUAAUCAAGUUUCCAAGCUGGCGACUCAUAUUAAGAGUCCGGUCAAAGGUUCGGGGAACCGAUCCCCUUUGGGCCAUAAAUGA